AUGGCCUCCUUCCUCGAAGAGCUCUGGAAUUCCAUCUUCACGCCCGGUCCGACACCUACGCUCCUUGUUGCUACCAAUGCCGCAUUUGCCGCCCUCCAACUCCUCCUUCUGAUCCUGCUCAUUGCGACCUAUUCCCUACACUUUUUGGUAUUAUCCGUUCUGUGCGGCGGCCUCUGGUAUUCCAUCAACUGGUUCGCUACCGAAAUCGCAAAAGAACAACAAGCGCAAAAGGCAAAAGAGAAGAAAGAAAAGAGCCCGGAGCCAGAUAACGCGAGUGAUACUGAAACAGAAGGGCCGCUGCCGAGUGCGCCAGCUGCUGACCCUGUAAAAUCUACAACGACAGCAUCGGUGCGCAGCCAGAGUCCGAGACACGAGAGGCCGAAAGACAGUCCAACAACUCUCCUCGAGCCAAAGAUGGCAGAGAGUACAGAGUUGCUGAGGCGUCGGCGCAGCCUAGGCGAGAGCUCAGGCUAUGUCAGCACCGAUAGCGAGUGGGAGAAGGUAUCUGAAGGAGAAGAGAAGAGCAAGUGA